UGUGUCUCAAUAUGUAUCUGGGUCUAGCAUUGGAUCUAGACUGAAAUCAGGAGUGUCUAGAUGGGAGAGCCAAGAGCGCACAGUUCGACCCUCAGAAUUCACAGGUUUAGCAGAGAAUGUGCUUUCAGCAACAGCUAAUGAAAUGCUGGGUAUUGCCAAAGUGGACCUUGCAGAAAGGGCUUUUGGCAUGCGCAACACCACCACAGAGGGCAAUAUUAUUGGUUUCCCCAUUGAAAGUCAGUCAGUCCCAAGCAUUGAUGUCUCUCUUGACACAAGCCCAAGUAGCAACAGAGCAGUCAACAGUAGUUCUAGUAGGAAUGUAAAUCAUUUAAAGUUGACUGGGUAUUCUCGCAAAUACCCUGUCUCCGGUGAUGUACUAUCCCCUUUCGAUAGCGACCAGUUUUCAGUAGCCACUAGGGAGCUGCCAGCCCCAGAAUCCCGACGUUGCUUGCCCAUCGAUUCCCGUUUGCCUUUCUGCAAAUCCAUGGGUGGCGACAGUUUCGCUGUGCCCAACUUUCUCAAUCACAGCAGCGUGGCGGAGGUCCAGGCUGUUCUGACCGAGUGGGUGUGGCUCUUGCGGUCACGCUGCCACCAUAGCUUGGAGUGGUUUUUCUGCCUGCUGCUGGUGCCUGUGUGCGGUGAUAGCCUCCCGGGCCUGCCACCGCCUCGGCCCUGCCGUAGCUUCUGCGAGGUCCUGAGGGACAGCUGCUGGACAGUGCUUGACCAGGGCCACCUCCCUGUGGAGUGCAGCUCUCUGCCCGAUGACGACGAUCACUGCUUGUCAGUUAGUAACCAGAAAGAUGAAAGCGGCGUCUCCCUCCUGCAGUUGAUCGGGGACCCUCCCCCUGACGAAAUCACCAAGGUCUAUGGCCCGGACAACACCCCCGGCUACUUGUUCAGCUCCGACGCCAACACGGGCCAGCUGGCUCGCGCCCACCUUCCCAACCCAUUCUACCGGGAUUUCUCCCUCCUCUUCAACCUGAAGCCCCAGUCGACCAAGGGGGGCGUCAUCUUCUCGGUUACGGACGUCUCGCAGCAGAUCAUGUAUGUGGGCGUAAAGCUGUCGCCCGUGAAGGCAAACAGGCAGAAUGUCGUCUUCUACUACACGGAGCCCGGCUCACAGGAGUCGUACGUGGCCGCCACCUUCCCCGUGCAAAGUAUGGCUGACCAGUGGAACCGCUUCUCUAUCUCGGUGCUUGACGACAAGGUCACCUUCUACAUCAACUGCGAUGACCGGCCCCAGGUGAUGCGUUUCGAGAGGUCGCCGGACGAGAUGGAGUUGGACGCCGGUGCCGGGGUGUUUGUGGGCCAGGCUGGAGGGGCCGACCCUGAUAAGUUCCUGGGGGUGAUCGGGGAGCUGAGGGUCGUUGGAGACCCACAGGCUGCUGAAAGACAGUGUGACGAGGAAGGGGACGACUACGAUGCGGCUUCAGGAGACGACGGAAGCGGUGGCGGGGAAAGGAUACCGGAAGAGAAGACGAAAACUCCGACUACCCCUCCGCCGUCACGGCCCAUUCAGCAGCCUCCGGUGACCCGGAAACAACCAUUGUCUCCCAAGAAAGAGACUGUUAAUGUCGAUGACUCGGGUCGGUUAACUGUGGAGUCACAGCCCGAUGUUCCAGGACCGCAAGGCCCGGGUGGUUCUAAAGGCGAGAAGGGUGACAGAGGAGAUAAAGGAGACAGAGGUCCUAGUGGUCCAAAAGGUGAUUCUGGGUCAGAGUCCGCUACACGAGGAGGGACCCGUGCAGAGAAGGGAGAACCAGGAGAAAAGGGAACAAAGGGACAAGCUGGCUUUGGUUACCCAGGGUCAAAGGGUGAUCCCGGUCCUCCUGGUCCCCCCGGCCCACCCGGUCUCCCAGGGCCUUCAGCGGAGGUGCAGUCACGUGGAGACGGCUCUCUAGUUCAAACUGUGGCUGGUCCUAGAGGACCAGCUGGACCUCCAGGGACUGCUGGCCCCCAGGGACCUGCAGGAGCCGAUGGAGAGCCUGGUGAUCCUGGUGAAGAUGGAUCUCAAGGCCCUGUUGGACCGCCAGGUUUUCCUGGAACCCCAGGAGACCCCGGCCUGAAAGGAGAAAAGGGUGACCGAGGUGAGGGCCAGCCAGGACCCAGGGGACCUCCAGGGCCCCCCGGACCUCCAGCUUCAUCCAGAAAUGAUCGGCCGACCUUUGCGGACAUGGAGGGCUCUGGGUUUCCUGACAUUGAGACUCUUCGGGGACCGCCGGGUUUGCCUGGCCCUCCUGGACCCCCCGGGCCUCCAGGUAAAAUCGAAGGUUUGGGAGGUGUUGGCUCACUAGGCCCACCAGGCAAAGAUGGUGCACCUGGUAAACCGGGAUUGCCCGGCCUGCCUGGUGUUGAUGGUCGCCCAGGUCCCGCGGGAGCUAGUGGUGAAAAGGGUGAUCCUGGUGAACUCGGUCUGCCAGGAGCCGUCGGAGCAAAGGGUGCACAGGGAUUGACUGGCAUGCCCGGUACUCCAGGACAGACAGGAUUGGCUGGUCUCCCUGGACCAAUGGGACCAGUUGGACUACCAGGCCCACCUGGACCCCCUGGACCAAGCUAUAACAUUGGCUUUGAUGACAUGGAAGGUUCUGGUGUGGGACUGGCCUCUGGGCUUCCAGGACCCAGAGGGCCAGAGGGGCGACAGGGUCCUCCAGGCACCCCUGGCCUACCGGGCCAGCCUGGUUUUCCUGGUAUUCCUGGCGAGAAGGGAAGUGAUGGACCACAGGGAAAAGAUGGCAGACCAGGGUUAGACGGCUUCCCUGGACCUAAUGGACAAAAGGGCGACAGAGGGGACAAGGGAGACAGAGGCGAACCUGGUCGCGAUGGAAGCGGACAGCCUGGACCACCUGGCCUGCCCGGCCCACCAGGACAGAUCAUCUACCAGACCUCAAGCAGCGAUCGUGGAGUCGUUGGAGCUGCCGGACCACAGGGUGAAGCUGGUCCACCUGGCCAAGCUGGAUUCCCUGGCCCAGUUGGACCAAAGGGCAACAUGGGAGACCCCGGCCCACCUGGUUAUGGAGUGAAGGGUGAGAAGGGCGAGUCAGGCUCAAUCAUUGGGCCCGAUGGGAAUCCUCUAUUCAUAGGCGGAGUGUCCGGUCAGAAGGGUGACAGAGGACCUUCCGGACCCGUCGGGCCUCCGGGUCCGUAUGGUCCUCCAGGGAUGAAGGGUGAAUUUGGUAUGCCUGGAAGACCGGGCCGUCCUGGUGUGAACGGAUACAAGGGUGAAAAGGGAGACGCAGCUGUGCCUGGAUUUGGAUACCCAGGUGCCCCAGGCCCACCGGGGCCUCCAGGACCGCCCGGACCAGCUGUGCCUGUGGACCGUUUUAAUGGAUAUGACACCUCGAGGAAUUAUCCGGCGACCAAGGGGGAAAAAGGUGAUGCCGGAACUCCAGGUCUCCCAGGAACGCCGGGUGUGGCCUCUAACUUCGACAUUUUUGCUUUCAAGAAUGAGCUGAGAGGAGAGCGUGGGGAUAAAGGCGUGAAAGGGGAGAAGGGAGAGCCAGGAGGUGGUUAUUACGACCCCCGUUUUGGAGGACAACAAGGCCCACCAGGCCCCCCUGGAAACCCUGGUCUUAUGGGUCCAAAAGGAGAUUCCAUUAAGGGCCCCCCUGGUCCCCAGGGCCCACCAGGCGCCCCGGGGAUCGGCUAUGACGGUCGUCCUGGAAACCCAGGCCCACCCGGUCCUCCUGGGCCUCCAGGGUCCCCCUCACUACCAGGGGCCUACAGGCCUACACAUACCAUUAGUAUUCCUGGACCUCCAGGACCUGCUGGACCUCCUGGAUCACCUGGUCAAUCCUCAGCGGUGACAGUUCUGAGGUCAUACGAAACCAUGGUUGCUACUGCAAAACGGCAGUCGGAGGGCACCCUAAUCUACAUUGUCGACAAAUCGGAUCUCUACAUCAGAGUUGGCAAUGGUUUACGACAAGUCCUGCUUGGGGAAUAUAGACCGUUUUACAGAGAUCUGGACAACGAAGUAGCAGAAGUGCAGCCUCCCCCUGUUGUCAACUACCCCCAGUCCCAGGACCAUUCAGCUAACAGUGGAUCUGAACAUUUCUCCCAAGGCGGUGCAGCCACCCACCCCAUCCAGCCUCCUCAUCGCCAGCCUGUCCAACCCAGUAUCCGCAACCCUGAUCCCAGAUAUCCCCCUCAGUACGACCCUCAUACAGAUGGCCGCUACAACCCAUUGCAUCCUGAGAGCAGGUAUCCCACUGAGCCUGAAAUCCGAUACCCUGUCACCUCCCAGAGGCGACCCGUACCUCCUCCUGUUCACCAGCCUGCCAGUCACACACACACAUCAGGGCCUGGACUCCACCUGAUAGCACUGAACACUCCCCACAUGGGCAACAUGAGGGGCAUUCGUGGAGCAGAUUUCCUGUGUUUCCAGCAGGCUCGUGCCGUUGGUCUGAAGGGCACAUUCAGGGCCUUCUUGUCCUCCAAGCUCCAGGACCUCUACAGCAUAGUUCGCAAAUCCGAUAGAGACAGUCUACCCAUCAUAAACCUCAAGGAUCAAGUGCUGUUUAAUAGCUGGGAAUCUAUGUUCAGUAAGUCUGGGGGCAGGAUGAAAGAAAAUGCACCAAUCUACUCCUUUGAUGGCAGAGAUAUCUUCAGAGACAGCGCAUGGCCAGAGAAAAUGGUGUGGCACGGCUCUAGCACUGAGGGCCACCGCCAGACGGACAACUACUGCGAGACAUGGAGGGCCGGAGACCGGGCUGUGACAGGCCUUGCAUCUUCACUGCAGUCUGGCCAGCUCUUACAGCAGUCGUCCAGCAGCUGCUCUAGCUCCUACAUAGUGUUAUGUAUUGAGAACAGCUAUAUAUCACACUCCAAAAAAUAAAAGAAUACCUGUCCCUGCCAGUUUGGUCCUAGUAAAUUCAAAACAAUUGUCCAAACAGUCCCAUUUCUGUCUCUUCCCCUCACACAAAACACAAUGUCCUAUGAACUGGGUCUGCAGAUUUCGCCACGCAGAGAAGUUUCCCAUUUUCUUCUUCAUCUUUCAAAUAAUGCCAAAGAGACGGGUCGAACAGGGACGUGUUUAGCCUUUUCUCUGGGCAUUGGCACAUAUUUUUUCCAAGGGGUCGAACAAGAGAAGAGAAGCUAACUGCAGCGGCAGCAUUUUUAAUUGUAUUCAUUCAAAAAUGAUUUGUAUAUUACAUUUUGUUUGUAAUUUUUAUUAAUUGAUCAAUGUUACUUGUAUUCAGCCACUUAUUCUAGCUAUACAAUGUUUAUGUAUUGGUUCUCAGAUCAUGUUUUUUCCAUUCAAGUUUUUGUGGUUUAAUAAGGGGUACAGCAACCUUUUUAAAUAUUGUUUUAAGAAUUAAGGAAGAUAAUAAAUAUUUAUUUUAAAAUGAAGUUGUGAGAACAUAUGAUUUGAUUUGGAAUAGUAACAACAAAUGGGGAAAAAAUCCCUAAUCCUAAUUGUAGUCAGCACUUUUUCACAGACUUUUAUAAAUGUUCAUCAGUGAGGGUGAGUUUCCUAACCUAAUACGGAAAAGUUGCGAACAUGAGUAGGUUGUUUUAGAAACGCAUGUGAAAAAAAGAUUGUGAUAAAAAAUGAUUGUUUGCUAUUAGCUUCCAAAAUAUAUAUUUUAUUAUAUAUAUAUAUAUAUAUAUGAUGACUUAGAAUAAAUACUGCUAUAAUGUAUCAGGUUUCCAAUGUGAUUAUAAAUGAUUUCUUAGAAGUUUAUACAGAAGACUUCUGUAUACUUCUUGCAACUUAUAUUUUGCUCAGUUUAAUUGUAUAUGUCAUCAAUGGACAUUAUCUAAUAUAAGACUCAAGUCGUAGGGUCUUCUCUAAAUGUUAAGCAGAUGCUAAAACAAAUUGAAUAAAAGGGUCAAUUUUGCUGUCAAUACAAACCUAAAAUUCUGUUCAUGAUAACCUACUGUACCACUGGUGUUUUAUAAGGUUUUUUUAUUCAGUUUAGUGCUAAUCUCUGUUGGAGUGACUGCAGACUGAUGAUUGAGGUGACCAAUGUAUUUUUUUCUAAGACACUUUGUAAUAGCCGUGUGCUAUUACAUUCGCAAGACACUUUUGGCUAUAGUACUACUGUUCUGUUUUGACUGCAGCAGUACGAACCUGUGGAUAUCCAUUCUUUUUGUAACCAGUGUGUGCUGUACUGUUUUUCAAAAGGCACUGAAUAAAUGUAAUUGUUUUUCUUUCAUUCAUAACACUCGGAUACAAAGUUUUUUUGUGUAAAUUAAUUUUUUGCUCAUCUUUUCUGUGGUCAAUCGUCUUUCAUAUUUCAAAGAUAUUGUUACAUUAUGACUGAUGUUGUUGGUUAUUUGUAUACAAUGUGAGUGGUUUUAAAAUCUUUAAACUGAUAUUCAAAUACACUUGGAGUUGAUAUGUUCUCUGCUACCGUCCUGUGGAUAGUGCAGUUUUUAUUCUUAUCCAGUGUUAUGGUCUUCAGUCAGUCUUAAAGGUCAACAAACAAGACAGUGAUACCUUAAUUGAACUGAAUUGACUGCACAUGGUAGAGUGAAACCAAAAUGUUCAAAUUAAUUAAUGCCAUGCUUGGAAGAUACCUUUGUAUGUCAUUUCAUAAUUUUUAUUCUUUAAUCAUUUUAUUUUAUUUUUUCAUUCUUUUUUACUCAUACCCAAGGGAUAUAGUACCCUAAGCAGAUUAAUGGAUGUCCCUAAAUCGUAGACUACCCCUUUUUGAUGAGAUUGCAAUCCGACUUGAGCCGAUUUAUGGCCAACGCAAUGGGAUUUUGCCGUGUGGCCUUGCAAGCACCCCCUUAACACAAAUCAAUGUCCUUGAUGACAGAAAAGAGUACUCAAGGUGCCCUGUAGUAGGUCCCUUAAAGGUAUAAGGCUGUUGUAGUAGGGCUAAAAGUAUACUGCAUAUACAUUUCAGUGCGUGUCUACAAUAUAGUGGUCUGGGCCAAAGCUACUGGCACACAGGUCCAAAUUAGUGAAGGAUCAUGGAGUGCAGAUGGUUUUCCAGGUUGGCCACAUUUGUUGGUAAUUGAGGUAGACAUUCGGUUUAAAUGGACGUUUAGUUUUAUUGUACCACAUAGUUUUGAAUGAUGGAUGAGUACACUUCUUGCUUGUCUGUAUAAUUUUGGUAAAUAAUUAAACUAAUUGCAGUGACGGUGUGGUAA